AUUGCUUCCUACUCCAUUUUCUCUGGGGCAGUAGCAGAGUAGGAGCAAGCCAGCACUAGUAAGCUAACUAAGUGACUCAACCAAGGCCUUUUUUCCUUGUUAUCUUUGCAGACACUUCAUUUUCUUAGCAUUUCUGGAGAUUACAACAUACUGCGGUUCCGUUUCUGGGAACUUUACUGAUUUAUCUCCUCCCUCACACAAAAUAAGCAUUGAUUCGUGCAUUUCUGAAGAUCUCAAGAUCUGGACUACUGUUGAAAAGACUUCCAGUGAGGCUCACUUAUGUCUGUAAAGAUGGAAAAAAAAUACAAGAACAUCGUUCUACUAAAAGGAUUAGAGGUCAUCAAUGAUUAUCAUUUUAGAACGGUUAAGUCUUUACUGAGCAGCGAUUUAAAACUUAAUCCAAAAAUGAGAGAAGAGUAUGACAAAAUUCAGAUUGCUGACUUGAUGGAAGAAAAGUUCCGAGGUGAUGCUGGUUUGGGCAAACUAAUACAAAUUUUCAAAAAUAUACCAGCACUUGAAAACCUGGCUGAAACUCUUAAAAAAGAAAAGUUAAAAGCAAAAGGAUCAGCCGCAUCAAGAAAGACGAAGAAGGCAGUGGAUGCUGCUUCACCUGCACCCUCCACAAGCAGCACUGUCAAAACUGAAGGAGCAGAGGCAACUCCUGGAGCUCAGAAAAGAAAAAAACCAACCAAAGAAAAGGCUGGACCCAAAAGGAGUAAAGUGUCCAAGGAGCAGACUCAGCCUCCCUGUCCUGCAGGAGCCGGCAUGUCCACAGCCAUGGGCCAUUCCCCAUCUCCCGAGACCUCAUCGUCAGCUCCACCCAACACUUCCUCAACUGAGAACCCGACAACAGUGGCCAGAAGAAGUGUUCUCCAAAAAGGUCCAUUGAUAGUGAAGGUACUGAGUACAACAAAGCCAUUUGAAUAUGAGACCCCAGAAAUGGAGAAAAAAAUAAUGUUUCAUGCUACAGUGGCUACACAGACACAGUUCUUCCAUGUGAAGGUUUUAAACACCAGCUUGAAGGAGAAAUUCAAUGGAAAGAAAAUGAUCAUGAUAUCAGAUUAUUUGGAAUAUGAUAGUCUCCUAGAGGUCAACGAAAAAUCCACUGUAUCUGAAGCUGAUCCUGAUCAAACGUUUGAGGUUCCAAAUAGAAUCAUCAGCAGAGCAAAGGAAACUCUGAGGAUUGAUAUUCUUCACAAACAAGCUUCAGGAAAUAUUGUAUAUGGGGUAUUUAUGCUACAUAAGAAAACAGUAAAUCAGAAGACCACAAUCUAUGAAAUUCAGGAUGAUAGAGGGAAAAUGGAUGUAGUGGGGACAGGACAAUGUCACAAUAUCCCCUGUGAAGAAGGAGAUAAGCUCCAACUUUUCUGCUUUCGACUUAGAAAAAAGAACCAGAUGUCAAAACUGAUUUCAGAAAUGCAUAGUUUUAUCCAGAUAAAGAAAAAAACAAACCCGAGAAACAAUGACCCCAAGAGCAUGAAGCAACCCCAGGAACAGAGUCAGCUUCCAAAUCCUUCAGACGCCGGCACAACCUCCUCUGAGAGCCAUCCUUGGACGCCUCAGAUGCCACCAACAACUCCAUCCAGCAGUUUCUUCACCAAGAAAAGUGAAGACACAAUCACCAAAAUGAAUGACGUCAUGAGGAUGCAGAUACUGAAGGAAGAGAGUCAUUUUCCAGGAUCGUUCAGGACCAGCAUAGGCCCAGCUGAGAGCUAUCCCCACACUCCUCAGAUGCCUCCAUCAACACCAAGCAGCAGUUUCUUAACCACGUUGAAACCAAGACUGAAGACUGAACCUGAAGAAGUUUCCAUAGAAGACAGUGCCCAGAGUGACUUCAAAAAAGUGAUGGUGCUGAAUGUAACAGAAUCAUUUGUAUAUAAGCCCGAAGAGCAGAAGAAAAUGUUUCAUGCCACAGUGGCAACUGAGAAUGAAGUCUUCCGAGUGAAGGUUUUUAAUACUGACCUAAAGGAGAAGUUCACCCCAAAGAAGAUCAUUGCCAUAUCAAAUUAUGUUUGCCGCGAUGGGUUCCUGGAGGUAUAUCCUUCCACACUUGUGGCUGAUGUGAAUGCUGACCGAAAGAUGGAGAUCCCACAAAGAUUGAUUAGAAGUGCCAAUACAACUCCUAAAAUCAAUCAGCUUUGCUCACAAACUAAAGGAAGUUUUGUGAAUGGGGUGUUUGAGGUACAUAAGAAAAAUGUAAGGGGUGAAUUCACUUAUUAUGAAAUACAAGAUAAUACAGGGAAGAUGGAAGUGGUGGUGUAUGGACGACUGACCACAAUCAACUGUGAGGAAGGAGAUAAAUUGAAACUCACCUGCUUUGAAUUGGCACCGAAGAGUGGGAAUACCGGGGAAUUAAGAUCUGUAACUCAUAGUCACAUCAAGGUCAUCAAGACCAGGAAAAACAAGAAAGACAUACUCAAUCCUGAUUCAAGUAUGGAAACUUCAGCAGACUUUUUCUUCUAAAAUCUGGAUGUCAUUGACGAUAAUGUUUAUGGAGAUAAGGUCUAAGUGCCUAAAAAAUGUACAUAUACCUGGUUGAAAUACAACACUAUACAUACACACCACCAUAUAUACCAGCUGUUAAUCCUAUGGAAUGGCGUAUUGGGAGUGCUUUUUUAAUUCUUUAUUUUUUUUUUUUUUUAUAAAAUGGCAUAUUUUGCAUCUACAACUUCUAUAAUUUGAAAAAAAUAAAUAAACAUUAUCUUUUUUGUGAAAGGAA